CCGGGAAUAGCAAAAAUUGCUCUCAUUAAAUAAAUAAAUAAAUCUAAACUGUACUGCACAAUGUCAUCAAACAAGGUAACCACACCCUCUCCUGCUUCCUCCUCCUCCUCUGCAAAGAAGGCAAAAUAUUCUUGGGAGAUGAUUCCUCAAGAGCCACCAAAAAUUGAUGACCUCCCACCGCAGUACAAAGACCGUACCAUUGUUGUGAGGGAAGUAAGAAAGGAUUGGAGUUCAGUAGGCAAGGUCAUGAACAUGGAUAAAAGAGAGAAACAUGUGGAUAAAUCAGACGGUGGGAUAGAAAAAAUAAGGAAAACAUUCUACGCUAUUGUUCGUCCAGAAGAAAAAGAGGAGGAAUUCGACUCUCCCGACUUCGACAUGUGUACUCCAGAAGGUUAUAUUGAUAAGGUGGUGGAGCCAUUAAGUAAAAACGAGAAGGAUGAAGCGAUCAGGAAGAUCAAGGCAGCCAAAGAUGGAAUUAAGGUCGAGGGGACAAAGUUUCAUUUUGUUUGGCGAAAAAUUGCUGGCUAUGAGAGACUAGUUUUGGAUGAUGAGACGAGUGACAAGAUUGGAGGAAAAGUUGUUUGCAUUUUUGAUGCCUGUUUCAGAUAUCAUGGGACAUCUGGAGCAGCCCCGUUUUGUCAUGCCCAUAGGAGUAAGUGGGAGUACGUCGUGUCAGAUUUUGAAGACAAAGGAAGCAGAAUGCCAACAAUUCUUCACAUCAUGACCCCCUUUACAUACGAAAAUCCGGAGAAGAAGGAUGAACGAGCUAGUACAGCUUUGAAUAGUUUAGGGUGUAGUGGUGGUGGUGGUAAAAAUCCCUGGCCCUCCUACGUUAAAGAAUUCUCCGAUGCCAAGCUACCUCCCCCAACUGUUACUGAAAUUCCUGGUCGAAGACGAUAUUUUUUAACAGAAAAAGAGGUCAACAAAGUUUAUGCAGCCAGACAAUUCGUCACACUCUUGAGGAAACUAGUCCCAGCCACAUCCAACUUUCGAUAUUUGAACAAGUAUGUAGCGUUGCCAAAUGGCGCAGAGAAAGAAGUGUUAGAAGAGAUGAAAAUUUGGGGAAUGAAGCUGGGUAUCUCCAAGUACUUGGCCCGUGAGUUCAGGGCCUUCCUCCCAUAUCCCUUUGGUAAAGAACGAGAAGGAAAAGAAACUGUUUCCUCAAUGGUGGUGGCCAAAGAGCGUGGGGUACUCUACGUGGUGUCCAACCCACACAUCAAUUAUUUCGGGAAGAGCAUAACUGGUUUAAACCUCCAUUUGGACACCAACAUGUUGGAUACUGUGACCCAGUACAGUUUGAUGGAAGGUCACCUCGCCUGGGAACUUAUUCCCUUGUCUUCUUGUCAUGUGGAUGAUUUGGAGGCAAAUGAAGCUCAUCUCCACCUUGCCAACUCUUUCGCCGACCUUCUUCGUCUACAUCAACAAUUUGUCUCAGACCCCCCUUACACUUCUCCAGAAGGAUCCACUCCUUAUGAUGCCUAUCCUAUCUGUCUUAAUAAGUUCACUAAUGCCAAGUUCUUUGAUGAGACUUCUUUCACCAAAAUCAAUCAGUUUAUGUUAAAGUGUUAUGGAGUUGAGAUCUACAUUGGUCCAAAGUAUUAAUUUGUGUUAACUCUAAUCUCUUUACACAUUAUUUAUAUGUAUACAUACAUACAACACUUUAUAUAUUAAACUCGUUAUCACCUUUUGUUACGUUCUUA